GGGCGGGGCUGCCGAGGCAGGAGGAAGAUGGCGGCGGGGGCGAGGUGAGGUGUUGGCAGUGGAAAGGGGUUCAGGCGUGGGGGGCGGGGGAACGUGGAGUGAUGGCCCGCGCCGGCCGCAGGGCUGGAUAAGAAGCCGUCGCACCGCGGGUGUGGGAGGGCGGGAGGAGAGGGCGCCUGGACGCCACGGGAGUAUGACGGGGCUGUACGAGUUGGUGUGGCGGGUGCUGCACGCUCUGCUCUGCCUGCACCGCACGCUCACCUCCUGGCUCCGCGUUCGGUUCGGCACCUGGAACUGGAUCUGGCGGCGCUGCUGCCGCGCCGCCUCUGCCGCGGUCCUAGCGCCGCUCGGCUUCACGCUCCGCAAGCCCCCGGCUGUCGGCAGGAACCGUCGUCACCACCGGCAUCCGCGAGGGAGGCCGGGCCCGGCCGCCGCCCACCCCCGGCUGCGCUGGCGCGCGGACGGCCGUUCCCUGGAGAAGCUGCCAGUGCACAUGGGCUUGGUGGUCACCGAGGAGGAGCAGGAGCCCAGCUUCACGGACAUCGCGAGCCUCGUGGUGUGGUGUAUGGCUGUGGGCAUCUCCUACAUUAGCGUCUACGACCACCAAGGUAUUUUCAAAAGAAAUAAUUCCAGAUUAAUGGAUGAAAUUUUAAAACAACAGCAGGAACUUCUGGGUUUAGAUUGUUCCAAAUAUUCACCAGAGUUUGCGAAUAGUAAUGACAAAGAUGAUCAAGUUUUAAAUUGCCAAUCGGCAGUGAAGGUGCUCUCCCCAGAAGAUGGAAAAGCAGAUAUUGUGAGAGCUGCUCAGGACUUUUGCCAGUUAGUAGCCCAGCAGCAAAAGAGAUCCACAGAUUUGGAUGUAGAUAUGUUUGGCAGUUUACUUAGUUCAAAUGGUUUCCCCGAUCCCGAUUUAGUACUGAAGUUUGGCCCUGUGGACAGCACAUUAGGCUUUCUUCCCUGGCACAUCAGAUUGACUGAGAUUGUCUCUUUGCCUUCCCACCUAAACAUCAGUUAUGAGGACUUUUUCUCUGCCCUUCGUCAAUAUGCAGCCUGUGAACAGCGUCUGGGAAAGUAGUGAUCCCUGGUUGUGUAAUUUGAUUUCAGGCUUUUGGAGAAAAGGACCCAAGUGACUCUGAUGUUUACAAAGCACCUAUGAAACCCUGUACACACCUAGUUCAUAAUCCUCAUAAUUUAUCAACAAACACAAAAAAGUGUCUUACUUGAGAGUAAGGGUAUGUGUGAAUAUAUGUGUGUGUGUGCGUGCGCGCGUGUGUGCGUGUGUGUGUGUGUGUGUAAAUAAAUUUAUAAAUGGGGGAAGUAUUGGAGAAGGAAAUACAUAGAUCUGCAACUUUGAGCAAAUAGCAGCAGUGUUUUAGGAGCUGAAAUUUCAGAUUUAAAGACUUCAGCCUCAACUACUUCCCUAUUUUUGUGGGGAGAGGAGGGGGUAACUAGAGCUAUUUGGUUGUUUUGAGCGGAGGGGAAUCGUUUUUGUUCAGUCUUUCCUAGUGACCAAACUUAAUUUUUAAGAAUAAUGUAUUGUUAAAUGGAACCGUUUGAGUUUGAGGGAUCUCCGGAGGGAUGGAGUUCUGUGUUGGUCACAUGUUAAAAGUUUGCUCACCUUUGGAGUAGAGGGAAUACCUAUUUUCAGAUAUCCGUCCAUUUUCAUCUCAUUAUAGUUAAACAAUGUGACUUGUGAGUGUUGCUCUGAUGUCUGUGUUCUGGGUUGUGAAAAUUAUUUGAAAAAGAACUCUUACUACAUUGAAAUGUAGAAUUUAAAAAAUUUAAAUAUCAGUCAAAAAAAGGUGAAAAAGUUAUAAUCUUAAAGGAUUAUAAGUUGGAAAAUUUCCUAAAAUAGGAAAUAAAGUUUGAUUCCCUUUUUUAUUUGGUGGGCAGUAUGUACCCAAAGUUGGUUUAAAAAAAGAUUCCCAUUAACUUUCUAUUUAAAAGAGCAUUUGAAAAGUUAUCAAGGCAGCUUUUUCCUCCUAAAGUAGUAACCUAUUACUCUUUGGAAUAGCACAUUUAGGUCUAUGUUAGUUCCCAGGAUUUUUACUCAGUAAAUCCUGAUGAUGGGGGACUUUGCCUAAAAGAUCUUUAAGUAAGAUUGAGGUCUGUGUAGGUAAUAAAAUAUUACCAAAGUCUACAAAAGUAAUUUAAGUUAACCUUACAUGUUCUCUUUCAUGACAGAGAACAGCACUGGUUCUGUUAUUUUUUAAAUGAAUAAAUGAUUUUUUGAUGUUUAGUAUUUCUUCCCUCACUACUGAUCCUUGGACAGAAACCAUUCUUUAUACUUGAUGGACUGUUUUCAGAAAAAUCUUAAGUGUACAAUAGUUGUCUAAAAUUGUACAUUUAGAAUGGAGUAGCUUAAAUACUAGGUCUCAGAAGUCUAAAAAAUGGCAAGGAAGACUGGGCUUGGAAAGCAAGGUCUAAAGUUGCUUGUCAUGUUCUAAAGCUCUGAGGAGGAAUAAAUGUUUGGACUUUGGACUAUAAGACCCCAUUUAUGAUUUUAAAAACUACACUUGAAAUAAAAUGAUUAAACUAAAUUUUGGUUCAGUGACAUUACUUUGCACUUCAUAGUCCUUUGUACAUUGUAAGACUUUUUUUUAAGUCUUAAUUUAUUGCUACAAGUUUUGUGUGAAACUAUAGCAUAUCCCUGAACUUUACCAAUUUCUGAUUUCUGUACCCCUGUACUGUGAUCCAUGUUCUGUUGAGGGUUUUUUACCUUAGUUUGAGACUGAAUUUAUGUCUUUUAUAAACAUGGUAUGUGUCUUUUAUAAACAUUCUGGAAUAUGUAUGGCUUCAAUGAAUAAAUUUAAUGGGUCUGGUUGAAGUGAAGGGAUUUAAUUUUGGUAAAAUGAAGUUAAUCAAACAUUACCCACUGGGAUGUAGCCAAAGUCUCUAAAAGUUUAAUGGUUAAGCCUUUGUACUUUUAUUUUCUCCUUCCAUUUCAUAGCAGUGUAGCAUUACACAUCAAAGUAAAUCUGUAACCUGUGACUUGAGUCUGUUAUAGUCCUAGAAAGAGACCCUUAACACAAGUUGCUAAGGAUUCUGAAUUCAGAUAUAAGCAUUCCAGAUCCUUCUCCUCAUGAGUUUAACUGCUUGUAUGGUCUCCACAACUUGAAUGGCAUUGGUCAUUCUGGAGUUCCUGCCAAAAUCAUCACAAGUUCACAUCAUCAGGGCUCCCUGGGCACUCCCAAGAAGAACUGAUAAUCUUAAAGUUUAAACAAACUGUUAUCUUUAGGUGUACUCAAGGUAUUUGUCUUUAAAUUGUUUCUUCUUGACACCCCUGACAAUGGAAAAAUUAUCAAAGUAAACCUACUCUAAGGAUGGCAGGUUGGAGCAUAGCAAAAAGUUUGCGUGUUUGAAUCCAUUCCCAAUUCUGGUUGUAUUUUGUUUCUUAAAACUGAUUACUGUUACAAUAGAGUUUGAAAGCUGCUUUUGACGUGAAUAAAAGAAAUCCUGGUAUAUUGGGACUAAAGCUUAAGAAUACUUGUCUCUGAGAGGAAGGUGUUCUAAUGUUAAGGAAACAGUGCCAAAUACACUGUGCGUAUCUACAGUUUAAUCUUUGAAUGUAUGUUAUUUGAUUAGCUCCCUCCUGUGUGAUGGCACCAUGCAUAGAGUCAAAUCUUUGUGAUGUUUUGUAUGGCUAUAGACUUUGGCAACAUGUACAUAAUGUGUAAAGCAAGUUUUUAUGAUUGAGGAAUCAAAUUUAUUGAAUUUUAUUAUUGAAAGUUGAAACAACAUGUAUGUACAAAAACAAUAAAAGAAUAUACUCUUUUCAUGGA